AUGCCCAUCCAAGCUGCAACGAGCAAUCCAUGGGAACACCAUCACUACAUCAGUCCAUCAUCACAAGCCACCUUCCCGCAGUCGCAGGACCGAUACAUCUGCCCGACGUGCAACAAAGCCUUCAGCCGGCCCUCAAGUCUGAAGAUCCACACCUACAGCCAUACCGGCGAAAAGCCGUUCAAGUGUCCGCAUUCCGGCUGCGGCAAGGCCUUUUCCGUGCGCAGCAACAUGAAGCGUCACGAGCGCGGCUGCCACGGUGGCAUGGGUCAUAUGGGACACCCGCAGAUGGUAUGA